AUGGGCAGACGGAGCUGCGGAUGCGCGACGACGUCGCGGCUGCGUGCGUCUGAGUUGGGGGGCAAGAAGAGAGUCGAAGCGGUGCCGAGUGAACGAGCGCCAAGAGGCACCAGUCUUACUCCGCAAAUUAGGAAUACCGAGGUCAGCGACCUGGUACAGGAGGGAAGUACGAAUGAAGGGUGGGCGAUACAUGUGCCUCUUGGACGACAUCAGCAGCAUGUCUCCGGUCGCCAGGUUGUUAGGGCCAGAGCGAAAGGGUAG